AUGUCCCGCCAAACGAAACGUCAAGAACAAGAAGAAAAAGAAGAAGAAAAAGCAGCAGUAGCCACUCCAACUCCUCCCACAGCUACUCCCUCCUCCGAAAGCAAUCUUGAAUCGGAAGUCACUCCUGAAAUUGCCGCUCAAGUCACUUCUGUCGACGAGCUCGUUGCCUCUGCUAACCCCAAACCUGCGUCAUCCCCUAAACCCACACCCAAGCAGCCAAAUCAGUCGAUCACCGAAACAUUGGACAGAAUGAAUGGGACAAUUCAUUUCAAGGUGUUAAAAGCCAAUAAUCUACCGUUAAUGGAUUAUGGCAAGCGUCAAGAUCCUUUUGUACUGGUAGAAUUGGACAAGUCAAGUCCCAAGUCAUGGGCGACGACGGACCCCGUUUUUAAUGGAAAUAGGAAUCCCGAGUGGGGAAAGGGAUUGAUCAACGAAUUGGAGCUCUUUUACGAUGCCAGUCUUCAUGGGAAAGAGGCUGUGUUGACUGUUGAAGUGUAUUCGAAUGAAACAGGUGGCGAACUUAUUGGCACGGGGCAGCUGGAUGUCAGUUCCAUUGUCCAAGAGAAAAGUUUAGAACCUAAGAAGGCCAUUGUCGGACUGAUCGGCAAUCGUGGCGAGGUUAUUGCUGAGGUGUGGUUUGGCCCGCCGGUACGCAAGGCCUUUCGUGCAGCAGGACGCGCGACAAAAUUGCUGGAUGCUCGUGACGCUUUCGUAGCGACUUGUUGCUCGAUCAUGUCUACGAUCUGUGGCUUUGUGUCGAAGUACACUCAAAUGCCUACGGACUUUGCUAAAAAGUACCGCAAGCUUAGUAUGGCUGUGGCUGCUAUGCUAGGUAUUAUGGCCGCCGGAGCGCUCACUGUAUUCCUGGCGUUUGCCGUGCCGACCAUGCUGGUGACUUUCUUCACGUUUCCGUUGUGGAUCAUCCCGUUCCUGGCCACGUCGUUCUUCACGGCCCCGCUGUGGGUGCCUAUCUUGCUUCUGGUUGGACUGUUCCUGCUGUUUAUCGCUACGUUCGUCUUCGGACUUGGUGUCACCUCGCGCUCUGUGCGUCGCAAAGGUGCUAUGAUCUCGAACAAGAUCAAGCACUCGAAUGUCGGAAAGCGCGUGGUGUAUGAGAAGACGGUCUAA